AUGGAUAAACGUGAACUCUUACGGGAAGGUACCAGACGUACUUUGGAUGAUGCAGCUAAAGAAAGGAGACAGAGAAAAACUCUUAGUCUUCUUGAACAAGAUAAUCAUAUUGAAGAACCACAGUCUGAUGUGAAAGGGACUAAAAAACCACAAUUUGGAGAUGAGGAUGAAGAUAAUACAGUCAAUGCUAAACGCCGUAAAAAGCGACGCAUAUCAAAUAUCCGUGCACGCUGUAGAAAAACAUUCGAGAUUUUAUUGGAUGAAGAGUACCAAGCAACAAAAGGAGGAACUACUGGUGCUUGCUAUUUUACCGCCGCUGCUCCUCCUAGCAGUCCUGUUAGUGGUUUUUUAGGCAGAUUACGAACGGCGCCUCAAGGUACACUGGAUAUAUUAAGAGCUGUACGACUUGGUGAACAAGCUUAUGUACAAACUUCACUUGGUCGAUGUCGCCAGAGUUUAAAUGACUUGGAGACAUCAUCAAACAAUGAGGAAAGACAAGUGGCUUAUUCCGUACCUCGAGGAUUGAGUCUUUAUGUUGAAGGCCGAACUUUAGUUCUUGAUUCUUUUCCACCUGAUCUUUCAAUUUUGUUCACUGUGCGACUGGAAUCUGAUCUGGAAAAUGAGUUAUUCACUUUGUUUGAUCGUCAUGGACGAAUGAUUUUACGCUUAACAUUUGGUACACAUAUACAACUUGAGUAUCUAUCAAAAGAAUCACAACUUGAUCAACUUCUUAACACUCAUCCACGUGAUUUUAAGGCAUAUUCAGGAAAAAUAUUGGAGAAAGCAAUUUUCAAAACUCAUCUCAAUGAUGGAUUAUGGCAUCGUGUAGCAGUCAGUAUUGGUACCACAACUGCAAGAUUAUUGGUCGAUUGUAAACAACGCGAAUCGGUACACUAUAAUCGUUCAUCAGCAAGCAUUGAUAACAGGGGUCGAAUACAAAUAUUAAAAGAUGGAAUUCAUGGUUUCAUUGAAGAUUUUUAUAUCCUUCCUGGAGAAGAAGGUGCUGCUAAACAAUGCGAUAUAUAUUCACCUGAUUGCUUUGAAGAUCAAAUGAUGGGUGAUGAAGGUGAUAAGGAAACUGAUCCAAUGCAAGGUCCAACAGGUUCUAUGGGUGACAGUGGUCCACCAGGGGAUAAAGGUGAACCAGGUCUAAAUGGUUCUUCAGCAGCCGUCGGAGAACCUGGUUCACCUGGUCCUAUGGGUUCACUGUUCGUGAUUCCUUUGAAUCUUGGUAUUGGCAGUAGUAGUUUUGCACGUGCUACUACAUUUCGAGACUUACUUCAAAAGCAUUUGCUGUCUCUAAAGGGUGUGCGUGGUUCUCGAGGGAUAACUGGUGGCACUGGCCCUGAAGGAAUGCCUGGAGAGCCUGGUGCUAAAGGAGAAGUUGGACACCCAGGUGACACAGGAUAUCAAGGACCUCGCGGACCAAUGGGGCCACCCGGGCGUCAAGGUUCAAGUGGACCUCCAGGACUGGAUGGUAGUCGUGGUGAACCUGGCCCAUCUGGACCAAAAGGAGAAGAUGGGCGCCCUGGAGAUUCUGGACUUAUGGGUCUUAAAGGAGAUAAGGGAGAAUUGGGACCACCCGGUCCCAAAGGUGAUCAAGGUUUGCCUGGUGAAGAAGGUCCACGUGGGCCUCCUGGAGAUAUAGGAGAUCAAGGAGACCCAGGUCUACCUGGUAUGCGUGGCCCUAUGGGUCAACCUGGUCCACAAGGUCCAAGGGGUAAACCAGGAAACCAAGGCCCACGGGGACGUAAAGGUGAAAUUGGAGAGCCUGGUCUACCCGGAUUACCAGGUCCUGCAGGACCCACUGGAACCUCUGGGCCAGAAGGAAUGGCUGGUCCUCGUGGUCCAACUGGAGUUGCUGGUCAAAGAGGACGCCCUGGUCCGUCGGGCGUUCCGGGUACUGAUGGUCUACCAGGAUUUCCAGGUCCAAAGGGAGAUGCUGGUCCUAAAGGAGAUACUGGUCCACAUGGACAAAAGGGUGAUACAGGCAUUCAAGGACCAAGAGGUUAUAAGGGUGAACGUGGUCGACCUGGUCCCUUUGGUGUGAAAGGGGAAAAUGGGAAAACGGGACCUGGAGGAGUACCUGGUGAUUCAGGCCCAAAAGGAGUCAAAGGAGACAUUGGUGUCUCCGGUCCUGUCGGAGCACCGGGUGUUGUAGGCAUGAAAGGUGACCCUGGUCCACCAGGUCCAGUCGGGAACAGAGGAGAUCUGGGAGUUAAGGGUCUUCCUGGUGCGAUUGGCCCGCCUGGUCCACCUGGUCCAGAUGGCGAGAGAGGUCCACCAGGUUUAACUGGCAGGCGUGGUCGUGGAGGUGACAAAGGCGAUAUGGGACCUCCAGGCUCACCUGGAGAAACAGGACAACAAGGUCAAAGAGGAGCUCCUGGACCUCGUGGUCCUCCUGGAAGGGUUGGACCGCCAGGCCUUAAAGGAGAUGUUGGUCCAGUUGGACCAGUUGGAUCAGUUGGUCCGAUUGGAGAACAAGGUCUACAAGGCCCUGUAGGACCACCUGGACCGGUUGGACCACCAGGUGCAGCUGGAAGAGAAGGCCCUAUUGGAUUUCCAGGACCACGUGGGGAACCAGGUGAACGUGGACCAGCUGGACAACCGGGCAGUCUUGGCAAUACUGGACCACCAGGACCUACAGGUGAUCCAGGACCUGAAGGCCAACAAGGUCCAGUAGGACCAACUGGUCCCACUGGUGAUCCUGGUAAAGAUGGAAUGCCAGGACGUGAUGGUGCCCCUGGUUCUAAAGGCGUAAGAGGUUCACCAGGUGUACUGGGUAACCAAGGUGUCCGAGGUUUCCCAGGAUUGGAUGGAAUGCCAGGUCGACCUGGACCAGCUGGAGUGAAAGGUGAAAUUGGACCCGAUGGCGAAGUAGGUACAAUCGGAGACAAAGGUUAUCAAGGUGAUGCAGGUAUCAUGGGUCCUACUGGUCCAACAGGUCCAGUGGGUGCAAGAGGACCUCCAGGCCCAGUUGGAGUGAAAGGUCUAACAGGUGAAGAUGGUCCUUUAGGUUUAGUAGGAUCUGCUGGACCAAGAGGACCGACUGGCCGUGACAAGGGUUCACCAGGACCCGCCGGACCAAAAGGAGAUAAAGGAGGAGUCGGUAUACGUGGACCUUUUGGACCUCUUGGAAGCCCAGGUUUACCCGGAAUCCAAGGUCCACCAGGUCUUCCUGGACAAGCUGGUGAGGAAGGGCCUGAAGGAUUAGUUGGUCCAGAGGGUUCGAGAGGUUUACCAGGAUCUCCAGGAGCACCUGGGAUGGUUGGUGUAACAGGCCUCCCGGGAUUACCAGGUGAAAAAGGAGAUCAAGGAUCACAAGGUCCUAUGGGUCGUCGUGGUUUAACUGGAACAGUUGGAGUUCCUGGACCAGCUGGUCAACCGGGAAAUGUCGGCCCACCUGGUCCAGUUGGACAGCAGGGUGAGAGAGGCACGCAAGGAGAGGAUGGUCCACAGGGACCACAAGGUGUGGAAGGAAGUCCGGGAGUACAAGGACCGCUUGGACCAAAGGGUCAAGAAGGACCACGCGGACCACAAGGUCCACCAGGUGACAUGGGGAUACCGGGGCCAGAAGGACCAAAGGGAGAACUGGGUCCCUUAGGACUUCCAGGAUCCCAAGGACCAACAGGACCUCCAGGACCGAAAGGUGUUCAAGGGCCAGUUGGAGAAGAUGGAGCACCUGGACCACAAGGUCCUAUUGGUAAACAAGGUUUAAGGGGAUUACCAGGACCACUUGGACCAUCCGGUCCACCUGGUAUGACUGGCCCACAAGGACGCACUGGACCUCAAGGCCCUAAAGGUGUAAAGGGAGAGACAGGCGAACAAGGUAUACCCGGUGAACCAGGACGUGUUGGGCCAGUGGGAUCCCCUGGACCUCCAGGGUCCUUAGGCAGCCCAGGUCAACAAGGAAUAUCGGGGGUAAUAGGAAAACAAGGUAAAACAGGAGAACGAGGACCAGAAGGUCUACAGGGUAAACAGGGUGAAUCUGGCAUACAAGGAGAUCGUGGUCCAAAAGGUAGUAAAGGUACAUAUGGUCCAGUUGGUCCUAUGGGUCCGCCUGGGCCUAAAGGUGAACAAGGAAUUCCUGGACUGGAAGGUGUGCGUGGAGUGGUUGGUCUUAAAGGGGAAAGGGGUCCUGUUGGUCCGGUAGGUGAUCCAGGACCACCAGGUCCCCCUGGACCAAUAGGUCCAGAAGGUCCAGCAGGACAUACUGGACCACCAGGACAACCAGGUGUUCCAGGUCAGAAAGGCUCCUCUGGUCCUGCUGGACCACCUGGACCUCCAGGUCCAAUCAAAGUUUUAGAUAUGAGUGAAGGUUACUAUCGAUUCGAGGACACACCUAGAGUUAGACGUAGUAUUUCAGAUGCUUUAAACUUGAAUUCACAUUAUUCAAAACAAGAUCCAGAUGAAAGUAUCACACCGAACACGCUACCAUCAGUCGGUGCAGUUCUACGACGUAUAUAUGCAAGAAUUGAAAGUUUGGAGGCGUCUAUGAAUAGUUUUGAACGUCCUAUGGGUACACAACAAAAUCCAGCUAGACACUGUCGUGAUAUAUUUGAAGCAGCCGAGUUUCCAGAGACUUUAAAAUCUGGUGUUUACUGGAUUGAUCCAAAUCUUGGCUCUCCAACUGAUGCCUUUAUAGUUGAGUGCAGAUUUCAGAAUAAAGGAAAUGUUGCAGAAACAUGUAUCAAACCAACUGAAGAUACUAAAACACAACCUCUUACUAAUUUCGUCAAGACGAAUAAUUCAGAAGAUUGGUGGAUUUCACAUUUGAAACUACAGAAACGUAACGCAUCAAUCUAUAAAAAUCAGUUGUAUUAUGCACCGAUAAAUCAACUUCGUUAUCUACAAUUAUUGCAUUCAAAAGCUGAACAAAUUCUCACUUUCACAUGUCGUAAUGCACCAGUUUAUUUUGAUGUGAAAAAUCAGAAUUAUAAAAAUGCUAUUGUAGUUAAAUUAUUUGAUGAACAUGUAAUUGAUACAUAUGAAGAUCGUCGCAAACGUGCAGUUGGCGGUGGCGUUCUGUUAGAUGUCAAAGUUAAGGAUGAAUGUAUGGAACGAAGUAAACAAAAAGCCAGUAGUGUAUUUGAAUUCGUAGCACGUAAACCGAAUCUACUCCCAUUAAUAGAUAUACAAUUAAAAGAGUUUGGUGAAAGUGAUCAAGAAAUAGGUUACUACAUGGAUGCUGUUUGUUUCAGUUAA